UUUGUACUUUACUACUAUCAAAUUUCUCCCACUAACCUCACGCCAAAGCGUAUGUAAAUGGUUUAGUUCACUGAUUCACUCCUACUUCUCAAUUCUCAUACAUCGAUAAGUUUUUGUUGUUGCUUUCGAUGGACGACACUUUCGAUCCUGUUCUAAUACAAGCCAUUUUCAAGCUCGUAUGGAGUAGAACAGCCCAUGCUCGUGAGAGAAACGAAGGCACCGAGGCUUUGGAAAAUGAGGUGCAGGCAGGAGCUGGAACAUCAAAGAAAAAUAGGCCUACCUCAGCUAAUACAAGUGCCCUGAAGCUGAGCUGUGAACUUCUCCGAGUUUUUGUCACAGAGGCUGUUCAACGUGCUGCUACUAUUGCUGAGGCAGAAGGUGUUGGUAAAAUAGAAGCUACUCAUCUGGAAAGGAUUCUGCCACAAUUACUUCUAGAUUUUUAAGAAUUGCAGCUUUGGUCAACUAUGAUAUUGUGAAGGGCUAAACAAGAAUGCCUACUACAACUUCUUCAGAGUAGACAUGGAGCACGGCCAUGUUGGCGUCUCUGUGGUGGUGUGACUGGUGUCAUAUUCGUAGGCAUGAAACACACCUAAUGCUUUUUAAAAUUUCCUUUACUUUCCUGGUGAUGUUAAUUAUCAAGAUAUUUAUCUCCUGUUAUUUAUCUGGAUGUUCAUUCGGUUGGCCGGGUUAGUUGAGUGUAGCAGAUUAAAAUUUUUCUGUGAUGAAACAGUUUCUAUAUAUCUUAUUUUGGCCA